AUGGGUAAAGUCUCGAAGGACCAGCGUGAUAUUUACUAUCGAAUGGCAAAGGAGCAAGGAUGGAGAGCAAGAAGUGCUUUUAAACUAUUACAAAUUGAUGACGAAUUCAACAUUCUUGAAGGUGUCACGAAAGCAGUCGAUUUAUGUGCUGCUCCAGGAAGUUGGAGUCAGGUUCUUUCGAAACGACUUUUUGAGAAUGGCAAAAACAAGGAUGACGUGAAAAUCGUUGCUGUCGAUCUUCAGCCAAUGUCACCGAUCAAUGGUGUUGUACAAAUUCAAGGCGAUAUCACCGAUAAUUUUACUGCUAAGCGAAUAAUUGAAGUGUUUGGUACUUUGGCUGAUCUGGUAGUCUGCGAUGGUGCACCUGACGUCACUGGAUUACAUUCGUUAGAUGAGUACAUGCAAGCGCAGCUCGUACUAUCAGCUCUGAAUAUAACCACACAUGUGCUCAAACCUGGUGGCUCGUUUGUAGCAAAGGUAUGCAUCUUUCGCUUCGUUUUUUUUUUGUUUAUAAAGAGCCCAUAUCGUUACUCUGCUAAGUAUGUAGGUCCCUGA